UGGAAUUACAAUUGGCUACCACUGACUGAAUGAAACCAAUCGCAAAACGUUUUAUUCUGACGUCGGGCUCUUCGAAUGUGUCUAUCUUGCUGUUGGCGCUGUUCAAGAUUUGCCCAACAGUUUGAGUCCAAAACUCUUCGAUGCGAUGGGUGUAUUGAAUGCUCUUCGCCGGGGCAUUGUGAGAGGAGCUGAUCGUAUGGCUGAAUUCACCAGCAAACGUGGCUCAAGGACUCACUACAAAGGCAGAGGGGCACAGCCAACAGGAGUACUAACCUCCAGCAGAAAAUUUGUUCCAAUACAGGCAAUGAUCCCCCAGUUUGUGGUGCCUGACUUGGAGGGAUUCAGACUCAAGCCCUACGUGUCGUACCGCACCCCGGUUGGAACGGAGCCCGCUGUCACCCCUGAGGGUCUGUUCUCCGAGGCUGUGGCCCCGCAGAUCCAGAAAGACUUUGAGGAAGGCUCAUUUGAUAAGGAACAGCUGGAGAAAUACGGAUUUGAGCCCACGCAGGAGGGAAAGUUAUUCAAACUAUACCCAAAGAACUUUAUACAAUAAAAAGGCCACCCAAUCUGAUCUAUCUGGAACUCUGACUUAGUAUCAAGGAUUGUUAACUAAUUUUGUUUGUGUUGGGAGGUCAAGUAGUUGCUAACCAUUUGAGACCGCUGAGCUGAUCAUAUGUUACUGGACCGUGAAUGUGCUUGCUGAAAGUACUAGUAUGUGGUAUUCUAAUUAAAAACAAAUAUAUUAUA